CAUACUCUCUACUGUCAAAGUCUCAACUGUCAAAGUAACAAAUAUAUCCUUUGCCGAGACGCCACCAAUGUAGCCAUGGCAUCCACAACAUCAAUACCCGAGACAUGUCCUCUCUCCAAAGUUCCCCUACAUAUCGUCGCCGCCAUUCUUGAACAGUCAGGCUCAGUCCAACAGCUACGCCUCACUAUCUUAAGCCAUCGUAUCUUCCGCGAUGCCUUCUACGAGACCCCUCGUGCUAUUGUCGCCGGCUUGGUUGCAAACCAGAUCCCUUCUGAUACUCUCCCCUUCCUUAUCACGAUUCUGGAGCUCACUAAGAUCACCCAUGACAAUGCACAUAUUUUCAUAGACAUAUCAAGCCGCUUACAGAGAAACCUAGAGGAAACUAGAGCCGCGUCCCUCGUCGAUUUCUCGCUGUCGGAUUACGCGUUUAUAAGUAGAAAAUAUGCGGCUUCCGAGUCGCUAGCACAAAGCCUAGCAGAUGAAGUGACCCCUAUCCUCGCCGAUAGGUUGGGACUGGACCGCCGUUCUUCGAACGUUACGCCGCAAGAGAGCUUCCGCUUGAAUAGAGCAUUUCUGCGGUACCAACUUCUGAGUACCCGUGCACAACUCCUGAGUACCUAUGCAACCCGAGCCGAUGACCUAGCUCUUCGCCUAGACCUUAGCUGGGAAUACUUCCGUCAAUUCUGGUAUAGUUCAACCAGUUCCUUCUCUCCAUGGGUUAAUGAACAACUUCGGUGUGUGUAUUUCUACUUAGAACGCAAGGUUACUGAGGCUAUGGAAGAGCUUGCUGUACAUGAUGUAGCAUGGAGCCAGCAGCAAUAUGUAUGCACCACCGAUGAAGAUAUAGGAGAUCCCGAAAUUCGAUUUUUUCUUCUCCAAGGUCUCGAAUUUCUAAGUUCCGUAGUUCGCGCAAAAACCUACGACGAAAAGAUUCGCCUCUUCCGCUUGGUUGACUUUCCAUCUACGCCAGAGAUAAGCAGAGCCUCAUUUGCUAGCGAUGUACCCACGGGUGCUGUUAUAGAGAUAGUCCCGGAUCUCGGUAUCAGAGAUCUUGAUACACCGCUAGAUCCAUACGUGAAGCUAGAGCUGGAUGAAUUAAUUGGGCCCCUGGACGGGAAGUACGACUCGACUGAUUCGAUCCCGUUUCGCGCUUGGCUCGUUGCUCUGGUAGGGAAACGUGUUUACUGUCAUUACAGUCGGGACUUCAGUAACUUUUGGGACUGUGCGUAUACCAUGUGGGACUACGCCAACGUCCCCGGAAUGAAUAUGCGAGAGAAAUUCGACGAGUUACAUCAUAAAUCGCGACACUUCCAGCGGAAGUCCACGGAUGACUGGAAGGACCACUAUGAGUCGCCAUUCUAUUGGCAGAUUACCGAUAUUUACCUUGCAGGAGGGACAGGAUAUUGGCCUGAGGACGGCCCAGACUGCCCAGACUUUGGUAGGAUUAAUGGGCUAAGUGAGGAAAAGAAAAGGGAGCUCCUGGAUAAAUGGCAAAGUGGGGUAGGCCUAGGACAGCUUUCGCUACUUAAUCUUCAUGACGACUAAACGAAGAGAAGCUUCUUAUAAAAUAAAGGGGGAACUACCUGGAUCUACAUCUAGUUUACUACUGUUACAUAAGAGAAGUGUCCGAGCUAUACCUAUAUACGGUAUCGGCCCAGAGACUACGCCAAUAAAAUUGUUCCUGUGUGUAGACUUGGCGAGCAUUUUAAGCCUCUGAGGCUAGGUAGAGUUCGAC